ACUCCGCUCCCCGCGCACGGGCAGAGCUGCAGCCAUGUAUUUCCUCAGCGGCUGGCCCAAGCAGCUCCUCUGUCCUCUGGAGUCCCUGGAGCAACCUCUGCACAUCCAGACGGAUCCCCAGAGAGCUUUCUUCGCAGUGUUAUCCCCAUCUCAGCUGAGCGUCUGGUACUGCAGACCCAGUGUAUUAAUCGUAAGCUACAAGGAACAUUCAAAAUCGGCUUCUCAGUUUGGACCUUAUGAACAAGCAGAAUGGCGGCCUGACAGCACCAUGAUAGCUGUUUCAACUGCAAAUGGAUACAUCUUAUUUUUUGAAAUUCCAUCAGCAGCAGACAAGUAUCUUUAUGAGCCUCUGUUUCCAAAAGGAAGCCCACAUGUGAAGGGGACCCCACAUUAUAAGGAAGAACAAUGUGCUCCUUCAUUAAAUCUAGAAAUGAAAAAAGUGCUGGACUUGCAAGCAUCUGUCACAAGUUUGCAGUCUAUGUUAGAGGAUCUGCUUGUUGCUACUGCUGAUGGAUUUCUCCAUCUUAUUCACUGGGAUGGCAUGACCAAUGGAAGGAAGGCCAUCAACUUAUGUACAGUUCCAUUUUCUGUGGACCUGCAGUCUUCUCGAGGUUCAUUUUUGGGCUUUGAAAAUGUUCACAUCAGGGAUAUGGAGUACUGUGCCACGCUUGAUGGGUUUGCCGUUGUUUUCAAUGAUGGAAGGGUUGGUUUCAUUACACCAAUGUCAAGUAGAUUCACUGCUGAGCAGCUCCACGGUGUUUGGGCACAAGAUGUGAUUGAUGGAACUUGUGUGGCAGUAAAUAACAAAUACAGAUUAAUGGCAUUUGGAUGCGCCAACGGCUCUGUACAAGUUUAUACAAUAGAUGUCACCACUGGAGCCAUGCAAUUUUCUCAUAAAUUGGAGCUGACACCAAAACAAUAUCCUGAUAUUUGGAAUAAAACAGGACCUGUUAAACUAAUCAAAUGGUCACCUGAUAGCUGUGUUGUUAUGGUGACCUGGGAAUGUGGAGGUUUAUCUUUAUGGAGUGUUUUUGGUGCUCAGCUUAUCUGUACUUUAGGAGGUGAUUUUGCGUAUCGAUCUGAUGGAACCAAAAAAGACCCUCUAAGGAUCAGUUCUAUGAGCUGGGGUUCAGAAGGGUAUCACCUGUGGGUGAUUGAUGGAAGUUGUUUGCAAAACACAAGACCUGAAGGAGAUGCAAAAAAUGAAGCUCGCCAGUUUGGUAUUCUGCAGUUUCAGUUCAUCAAGAGUGCACUUACUGUUAAUCCUUGUAUGAGUAACCAGGAGCAAGUCCUCCUUCAAGGAGAAGAUCGCUUGUACUUGAACUGUGGAGAUGCAACACAGGCCCAGAGUCCCCGAAAUACUUCAGUACCCUCUGAACACAAGCCUCCAGGGAAAGAAAGAGGCCUGUUUUCAGAUGGCAGUUUAGAUUCUCAGGGGUUAAGCACUUUAUUAGGACACAGGCACUGGCAUGUUGUACAGAUUCACAGUACAUAUCUAGAGAGCAACUGGCCUAUAAGGUUUUCAGCCAUUGACAAGCUAGGGCAGAAUGUAGCUGUUGUUGGCAAGUUUGGUUUUGCACAUUAUUCUUUACUUACCAAAAAAUGGAAGCUGUUUGGAAACGUUACCCAGGAGCAAAAUAUGACGGUAACAGGUGGCUUAGCCUGGUGGAAUGAUUUCAUUGUUCUUGCAUGUUAUAAUUUAAAUGAUCAUCAGGAAGAGCUGAGAAUUUACCUGCGAACAUCUAAUCUUGACAAUGCAUUUGCACACAUCACCAAAGUGCAAGCAGACACGUUACUACUCAGUGUCUUCCGAGACAUUGUGAUAUUGUUCAGAGCGGAUUGUUCAAUUUGCCUUUACAGUAUUGAGAGACGGCCUGAAGGUCUUAAUCCAACUGCCAGUAUCCAGGUUCUUCAAGAAGUAUCCAUGUCUCGAUACAUUCCUCAUCCUUUUCUUGUAGUGUCUGUUACAUUGACAUCAGUGAGGACAGAGACUGGCAUCAGCUUGAAGAUGCCUCAGCAGGCCUGUGAGGCAGAAAGCAUUAUGCUAAACUUAGCUGGACAACUCAUCAUGUUGCAAAGGGAUCGAUCUGGCCCCCAGAUACGAGAGAAGGAUAAUAAUCCUAACCAAAGGAAGCAUCUGCCUUUUUGUGCUCCAGUUGUUCUAGCCCAGUCUGUUGAAAACGUCUGGACUACUUGCAGGAUCAACAAGCAGAAACGCCACUUACUGGAGGCUCUCUGGCUCAGCUGUGGCGGGGCAGGUAUGAAAGUCUGGCUUCCCCUGUUUCCCAGAGAUCAUCGAAAACCACACUCCUUUCUGUCAAGACGCAUCAUGCUGCCUUUCCACAUCAAUAUAUACCCGUUGGCUGUUUUGUUUGAAGAUGCCUUGGUUCUUGGUGCUGUUAAUGACACUGUGCUCUACGACUGUUUAUACACUCAAACCAGUGCUAGAGAACACUUAGAGGUCCUCUUUCCUUUCUCCAUUGUUGAGAGAACUUCUCAGAUCUACCUCCAUCACAUUUUACGCCAGCUUUUGGUUAGGAACCUCGGUGAGCAAGCCUUGCUUUUGGCCCACUCCUGUGCCACGUUACCAUACUUUCCUCACGUACUAGAACUGAUGCUUCAUGAAGUGCUGGAAGAAGAAGCUACCUCGCGGGAACCCAUUCCCGACCCUCUGCUUCCCACGGUGGCGAAGUUCAUUACAGAGUUCCCCCUCUUCCUGCAGACAGUUGUCCAUUGUGCUAGGAAGACAGAAUAUGCCCUGUGGAAUUACCUUUUUGCUGCUGUUGGAAACCCAAAGGACUUAUUUGAGGAGUGCUUGAUGGCCCAGGACUUGGACACAGCUGCCUCUUAUCUCAUUAUCCUACAGAAUAUGGAAGUUCCAGCAGUUAGUAGACAACAUGCUACUCUUCUAUUUAACACUGCUUUAGAGCAGGGAAAGUGGGAUCUUUGUCGUCAUAUGAUCAGAUUUCUUAAAGCCAUUGGUUCUGGAGAAACAGAGACACCUCCAGCUACACCAACAACUCAGGAACCUAGUUCGAGUAGUGGCUUUGAGUUCUUCAGACAUCGUAGCAUUAGUUUAUCCCAGUCAGCAGAGAAUCUCCAUAACAAAUUCAACCUGACAAAAACACUGAGUAUGCCCUCUGGCCCGUCUGGGAAAAGGUGGAGUAAAGACAGUGACUGUGCUGAGAACAUGUACAUUGAUAUGAUGCUCUGGCGACAUGCUCGGCGUCUCCUAGAAGAAAUCAAGCUGAAAGACCUUGGCUGCUUUGCUGCGCAGUUAGGUUUUGAGCUGAUCGGCUGGCUGUGUAAGGAGCGAGCCAGAGCUGCCCGCGUGGAGGAUUUUGUGAUUGCUUUGAAGAAGCUACACAAGGACUUUCUCUGGCCUUUUCCAGUCAUACCAGCUUCCUCUGUUAGUUCACCCUUCAAGAACGGAAAAUAUAAGACAGCUAUGGGGGAACAGCUGUUAAAAUCUCAGUCUGCAGAUACCUUUUUAAACAUGGAAAUGGAAACAGGGGUUUCAAACACACCUCGGAGUCGCAGCUGGCUUGGCACUAUCAACUCCUCUCAGAGAGAGAUUGACACAGUUUCAUCCCAUGGACCCCACAUGCAAGAUGCGUUUCUUUCCCCUUUGUUGAGUAAAGGUGACGAAUGCAGCAUCGGUUCAGCAACAGACCUGACGGAAACAAGUUCUAUGGUGGAUGGUGACUGGACCAUGGUGGAUGAAAACUUCUCUAGUCUAAGUUUAACUCAGUCAGAGCUUGAACAUAUCUCUCUAGAACUGGCUAGUAAAGGGCCACACAAGUCACAGGUCCAACUGCGGUACUUGCUGCAUAUCUUCAUGGAAGCAGGCUGUCUGGAUUGGUGUAUUAUCAUAGGCCUUAUCCUCAGAGAAUCUUCAGUAAUCAGCCAGGUUUUCAGUAUCAUGCAAUCCUCCGAUACUGAUGGAGAAAUCUGUCGGAAUAUAAAGACUGGCCUACAUGCUGUUGACAAAUGGGCUUCCACGGAUUGCCCUGGGUACAAGCCAUUUCUAAGCAUCAUCAAACCACAGAUCCAGAAACUAAGUGAAAUAACAGAAGAGCAAGUGCAGCCUGAAGCUUUUCAGCCAGUGAAUCCUUCUAAGGUUACAGAACAAGCAAAUCCCAGAGCUGAAGAAAGCAGGAUUUCAUCUAGCCAUUGCACUAAUCCUCAGAGUGAUGCUGGGAACAGCAGUGUAAGCAGACACGAGGAGGACAAGUCUAGGACAGAGGAUGAGGAUUCAUUCCAAGAAAGCAGUUAUGACUGCACUGUGUCUUAAAUGGAGGAUGAUGACGACUUAAGCAUCAGAUGUGAAAGGAAGCAAACCAGCUUUUAGACAUGCUUCCAUAAAACUUUUGAACUUUUUUUUAUAUAGAUUUCAUCUUUGAAAUCUGUUGUGGGGAUAAUACAACUGAGAAGCAGUUUCAUUUAAAAAUUUCAUAAGAAGGCAGGAUUUCUUUUUGCAAGCUUCAGACUGCAGCUUUCGUUAACUAAGUGUUGGGAGACAGUGAAUGCCUAUGUAGACUUAGCUUCAGCUAAUAGUCAUCAGUUCGCCUGCAUCACAAACGCGCGUUCUGGAGAACCUUCUCGCUUAGUACCUCCUGCUUGAGUAUAAAAAGUAAAGAGGAGAUUAAAUUUAAGUGUUAUCCUUCCCAGCUUGGCCACUUUCCCUCUGAACUGCAAGUACAUAGAAACUAGACAGAAAGCUGCUUGACUGCCUAAAAGGAAAGAAGUCUGAUCAAUGCAGUUCAGAUUGUGGUUUGAUAUCAAGUAAGAUUUUGUAUUAAAGGACUGUAAAAUAUAUUGUAUGUUUUUUGUGAAUACUCUUGUAUAAAUAUUCAUGGUUGUACCAUAUUUGAAGGUACCUAUAUGUAUUGUGCAUGUUUCUGGAUUACUAGUAAAUUCAAAGCAAAGUUGCACUUCCUUCUGGAUGAGGCAUACUUUCCUGACCUAGCAGUGAUGUUAGGUGGCUUAUCUUUUUCUACUGCCACUUACAGAUCCUGUAGUUGGGCUUAGGGGAUUGCUAAAAGUUAUUUAUUUCAUUUGUAAAUUCUUUUCUGAAAAGUGGAUUUUUUUUUUUAGUGUAAAUACUCACUUAUCAUGUACUCUUACUAAAGUUCAGUUAAAUAGCUCAUACUUAAACAUUUUUCAAAUAUUUUAUAAUCUGUAUACUUGUAACUAAGACUUUAUUUUAACUUUCAAACAAUGUUACGGAAAGCUGGCUGCAGAAUUCUAUUGCUUUGAGGUACUUACUUUUUCUAGCUGCUGUCCCUAUGUAAUAACUACCUGUAACAGUAUUCAUUUAGGUAUUAGCUUCUUUGUACUGUGCGAUCUGAACAAAAAUUCAACAUUGCUCAUUUUAUAAGAAAACUAGUUUAUUUUUUAUAACAUCACUUGAUUGCUGACAUGGACCAAACUAGUCAUCAGAAGGUAGUUCCAGCAUCUGUCACUUUUCUAGCGUAUUGCUAAAUAAAUACAAAUCCCUUUAAAUUCUGAAAAUUAAGAGCUUUCAUAAUUAAGUUAAAAUAAAUGGUGGCUUUGUUUACUUGUCUAUCUCCUUUGCAGACAGGAUUAAGUGCUUUAAAAUGUACAGAUAUUAAAGUAUUGCUUUAGAAUGGCUUUACUAAGCCAAUAAAACCAGUACAAGUGCAAUAAUUGUUACCUGGCAAGCUGGAGAUUAGUGGAUGUGACUUGAAUUUCCACUUAAGAGUUGAAACUCUAAUAUCUAAGUUUUGGCAAAGAAAUCCAGUCCAAAUCCCAGCUUAAAUUUAGACUGCAUUGUAGCUACUGGUUACAUAUGUCUAUCAUACUGCUAAAAGAAACUUUCUUCCAAAUUAAGAUUUACAAGCCUCUUAUGAACCGACUUUAAAAUCUGUUGUCUUUGGGGAUAUUUAGAAAGCUAUUUUUAAAGAAAAACUUGCAUAGUCUGUAAGUUUCCAUGUUAAAUCAAAUAAAAACUGUACUUCAA